AGCCACCUGUCUAUAUAUCUAUAUAUCUAUAUAUCUAUAUAUAAUUCUCUUCUUUAUGCAGCAUCAUACUCAUAUUUGAGUUCAGCAACUCUUCCCCAUCUUCUCUUCUCUCUCUCUCAAAUGGGUUCUUUUACUACUGGUGCAAUAUUACUAUUCUUUCUUGUGCUUUCUCUAGUGCACCAUAGUUAUGGAUUCCUGAAGGUAGAAGUAACAGGAAAUAAAGGGUGUGAUAUAUUUGAAGGAAGUUGGGUUCGUGAUGAGUCAUAUCCUCUCUAUGAUUCCUCUCAAUGUCCAUUCAUUGAAAAGGAGUUUGAUUGUCUGAAAAAUGGUCGACCAGAUAAAGACUUUCUAAAAUACAGAUGGCAACCUACUUCCUGCACCUUCCCAAGGUUUAACGGUGGAGAUCUGUUAUCAAAACUUGAAGGGAAAAGCAUAAUGUUUGUGGGAGAUUCACUAAGUUUGAACCAAUGGCAAUCUCUCACAUGUAUGCUUCAUGUAGCUGUGCCUAAUGCUAAAUACACCAAUAUCAGAACUGGUGGCCUCUCCAUCUUCUCUUUUCCGGAAUAUAAAGCAAAAGUAAUGUUCUCCCGCAAUGCAUUUCUAGUUGACAUUGUUAAUACAAGCAUUGGCGCUGUUCUGAAACUCAACUCCAUUGAAGGUGGAAAGUUGUGGAAAGAUAUUGAUUUAUUGAUCUUCAACUCAUGGCAUUGGUGGCUUCAUACCGGAAGGAAACAACCAUGGAAAUUUAUUCAGGAGGGGAACAGCAUUUACCAAGACAUGGAUCGAUUGGUAGCAUAUGAGAAAGCAUUGAGUACAUGGGCUGAAUGGGUUGACACCAAUGUCAAUCCCACAAAAACCAUUGUCUUCUUUCAGGGUGUUUCACCAGAUCAUAAUAAUGGAACUGACUGGGGAGAGCCAAUGGCAAAAUACUGUGAGGGACAAAACCAACCAGUGUUUGGUUCAAAGUAUCCAGCAGGUGAGCAUCCAGCAGAGGUGGUUGUGGAGAAAGUAAUAAGUGGCAUGUCAAACCCAGUCCAUUUGCUUAAUGUCACAGCACUUUCACAGCUAAGAAAAGAUGGACACCCAUCAGUCUAUGGCCAUGGUGGCCAUAAUGAUAUGGACUGCAGCCAUUGGUGUCUUGCUGGUGUUCCUGAUACUUGGAAUCAACUUUUCUAUGCACUUCUGCUUCAAAAUUUUAUUAAUUAAGUAAUUCAUUUUUCUAUUUAUCAAUAAUAAUAAUUCUUAUUUCUUUGCAAAAAGACGAAGGGCAUUAUAGUAGUUCAAAUUAAGAUUAUGAAUAAGCUUUUAGAAACUGUGAAAUUUGAUGUUGAGCAUGUCAUCAUGUAUGUAGAUAUACGACCUUUAUAAUUAAUGCGUAUUAAAUAACUUUUUUAAUCA